AUGUCUGACCCAGUCGAGAACGAAUACAACCUGCAGGAGGCGUGGGACAGGGCAUGCACCUCCUUCGCGCAGACAGCGAAGGUUGACCUCACCGCAGCGCCAAAGUUUACUGUCGAUCAAGUGCUUGACCAAAUUCGAACGAAGCAGGAUGACGAUGACGAGAGAAACAUCAAGUAUAAGACUGCAAAAGAUGUGAUCGGCAAGACAUUGAACUUCGUUAUGGUCCUAGGUGGCAUAGCGGCCCAAGGCGCCAGCAUGGUAUUUGCUCCUAGUAGCUUGUGCUUCAAUGCAAUUUCAUAUCUCAUCAGCACCGGAGCAAAGUACAAGCGCAUUUUUAGCAGUCUUGCCGAGCUAUUCCGGCGUAUUUCCGACGUGUUGGAACGCUGCAAGAUCUAUAUGCGGCUUCCUGCGGAUGCAGUGGACGUCUCGCUUCGCAAGAUCAUCAACGAGGAACUGGUAUGCUUUGUCGACAUCUGCGCUUUGUCCAUCAAAGUGCUCAAGGGCCACAAAGUCUUCACCGCGCUGAGGGUGUUUGCAUUUGACAGCGAUGAGGGUGUGAGUGGCCAGCUGGGUCGCCUGACUACGCUAGUUGAACGUGAGUCUCAGAUGCGAGCAACUCUAGGAUUUGAGUCACAGAAGACCAGUGAACGGAAUAUCAUUGAAAGUAAAGAAGGAACCAAGAAGAUCAAUACCACCGUGGAUAAGUUGCUCACCUUUGAGAAGAAGAAAGACGCGGACAACGGGGUCAAACGGUUACUCAAAAACAUUGAUUCGAGCCUUGAUACUCCAAGUGAGACUCACAAGGCCUCGCAGACGAUUUACAGGCGGCUUUUGGAUGACCAAGUGCCUGGAAGCGGGGAGUGGCUUCGAAAUGAUCCCUUGUAUACUACAUGGGCAAAUCCUCAGCACUCGUCCUGUUCUAUACUCGGUAUUUCUGGCGGCGAGGGAUACGGCAAGUCCUUCCUUUUUGCGGCCGUAGUCCAGCACCUGCAGGAAGCCCACUCGCAUGUUGCCGACGAUCUCAAAUGUAUUUCGACUGCCUAUCACAUCUUUGAAAAAGAGAAAGGCGAAGCCUCCUUGCUCAAGGCAUUGAAGGUUCUGGCAUGGCAGAUUGCCAAUACAGAUGUCGUGUAUCGCAAAGAUUUAAGCUCCACCAAGGUUGACGGCAUUAAUCAAAUCAACAAUAUUUGGGAAGUCCUUUUCGCGAAGUCUUAUAAAAGCGACUCAACCUUCUUCCUUUUGCUUGAUGAAAUUGACCAAAUGGAAAAGAAUCAUCUCAAAGACUUUCUGCAGCUGUUGACAGAACUGGGAGCUAUCUCUAGGACUUGGCCUCGUUUCAAUCUCCGUAUCCUUCUCUCUGGGCGGGACAAAACGAUGAGCAGGGUGAAGACUCACAUGGGAGAAGGUAUAUCAAUCCUCGACGUGGCCUCGAAGAACACCGAUGACAUGGAGAAAUUCAUUGUCGACCGAAUGAACAAGAUGGAGAUUUUGAGCGGUUCGUCAGACCAAGUUCUUUCACUACGCUGCGAAAUCUUGCAGGCGCUCACAACGCAGACACAUGGUGAUUUCGUCAACGUCAGUCUUAUGCUACAUGAGAUUAGCGGCAAACAACGCCCCGGCGAAAUCCGCGACAUUUUGUCCCGUUCGGGAGGAAACCGGUCCGACACGAUUGUGAGAAAGAUGGAACAGUUAAAUGAAACCCUCAGUGAUGAAGAUAUUUCUGACCUGAACGAUCUCCUCACUUGGGUGGUGUUUGCUUCGCGCUCCCUCACUUUGGAAGAACUAGAAGCAGUCCUUUUCCUCAAGGCCCGUGAGCCCUCUCUGCGCCCGUUGGCCGAGAAGAUCAUAGAUCAAUAUUCCUCCCUGUUCAAAAUUUUGGGUGACCCAAAUCCCUCAACCAAAAUUAUCCCGCCCACCUCGAGAGUCUUGCUAGUCUCUGACUCGAUCGAAGAGUUCUUGCGAACAAAGCCUGAGACUGAAGGCACCGAAGAUGAAGAAGACCUGAAUCUCACGGGUGAUGUCAACGAAUUUGAGGUCAGGAUUGUGAAGAGGUUCCUUGAGUCGGUCUGUGAUCCCAAAUUGUUCAACAAAUUCGGGUUUGAUGACUUCUUCCAAAGAAAGCUGAAAGGAAAGACUGCCAGAGUUGGAGUCGAUAUUCAGAGCGCCCACCUCAAGAUUUUCACGUCUUGUCUGGAUGUCAUUUGCUCCGAGCAGUCCUCCGGUCUCGCUCCUUUACUUGAUUAUGCGGUCAACUUUCUCCCCGUACAUCUUCAGAACGUAGAUCCAUCAUUGACAGAGCCUCAUCAAAAGACCGCUCUUGGACCCCGACUGGUGAGCCUCUUUUACGACGAUGAGAUAAUUCAACGAUGGUGGACUGCAGAUAAUCCCUGGCCCAGGCAUGACUGGAUCUAUAGCGACGUGUUUGUUGAUGUUGCUUUGAAAUGGCUACGAGACUCAGCUGUCACUAAGAAUAUAUCUGCAGAACAAACAAAGUGGGUCAAGAGUUUAAGUUCGAAAUCAGAGCCCGAUGCAGAUAUCAUCGAGCACAUCGGACGAUUCUUGGCUCGCACUUGGCUUCAGUCAACUGCCUGGGGUGUCACCGAGGUUUUCUCCGCAUUCCAUGGAUAUGCCACAAAGAUUGAGAAUCGCAAAAAUUCGACAUUCGAGAGAUUUAUCAGCGACGCAAGCCCAGGCGCUGUGAAUGCCUCUCAAAUUUUGGACACCGCGGAAUACGCUCGAAAGCACAUUGGGAUCGACAUACUCGGCUAUGAGGAGAACCGUAAUCUAGCGCGCACUCUUCGAGAGCAUCACCAGUAUCCCGAGGCCAUCGAAAAGUUCAAACUAGCCUUCUCCCUCGACCCCUACAACUGGUUCUCGCAAUGGGGGCUGGCAACCUGCUAUGCAUACAAGCAGGACUAUGCACUCGCAAUCGAGACCGUGGAAGCAGCCAAAAAGAUUAUCCUGACUGCAGAAAUUGAAGAAGACCAUGCGACCAUUCCAGACCUGGAUCGUGACCUGGCUGAGUGGAACGGUAAUGCUGGAAAUAUCGACCAAGCCGUUGCGAUAUACGAAUCUCUGCUGCAGGCUGAUCCCAACGAUUAUGAGACAGCACUAUCGCUCAUUCUGCUUUUCCACAAUGAGAAAAACCGCGAGGGCCUUCUUCGCUUCCUGGAGUCUCUCAAAGAAUCCACUGAUGAAAGGACUGGACUGGACCGACGCACACAAACAUUCCACGCACACUACAAUAGCGCGGAGUACCACGCAACAAUUUUCGCAGUUGCUUCCGAAGCCAAAGCGUUUGAUGCUAUUUUUGAGAGUUACGAGGCAGCCAUCACUGCUGCCAAGACACGACUCGUAGAGGCAAGGAAGAUAGGGGACAGCCAAGAAGAAGAAUUUAGCCGUGCUUGCCAGGCAAUGCUCAUGCACCAUCUCGCAUACCUUUGCUACGAGAACAGUACCGAUAAGCCCGAGCGAAAGGAAAUUGCAAUCGAUCAGUGGGUGCGCAUUUUGCAGAUGGAGGAUUCGGCCGGGGACUACACCCUCACGAGCAUCAAGCCGUACGUGCGCUCUAAGUUUGCUAGUGUCUGCUACACUGAAGCACGACGGGAUACAGAGGCUGCUGGCCAAUACGUCGAGCAACUGGAACAGCUUGUUGCGUUGAAAAGCGCCAGUGUCGCCGCCGAUUGGUGCUAUUCGACGUAUCCAACACGCUUGUUAGCGCGGCUCUACGCGCUUCAAGGCGAUAAAGAAAAGGCUAAAGAUGUCAUACGCCCGUAUGUCAAGGAUCACCUCAAUAUUCUCGUUGAUGAUGAUCCUCUCAACGACUGGCAAGGAUAUGAGGGACUGGCAACAUAUUUGAUGUAUGUCGGCGAGGAUGAUGACUGUCUUGCAGCGUGGUCGUUGAUUGUUCCGACCACUGAUACCAAAUCUGAUGAAGAUGAAGAGUCAUUGGAUGGAGGCUCUUCUCAGGAUCCUAACGGGCCAUUAUAUGCUGCGUGUGAUGGAAAAUGCGGAACAAGGUGGACCUUCGCCAAUGAUAUACACGCUUGCAGAGAAUGUGAUGAUGUACAAUUUGACCUAGCCUGCUUGAACAAGUUACGCAAAGGAACUUUGGAAAUCAACGUUUGUGGAAAGGACCACGAGAUGAUCCACGUCCCAGCUUAUGAUGCGGUCAAGAUGGAGAAAAUCGGCGUCGGAAAUGUUAAGGUUGGAGAGAAGAUUAUGUCGGUCGACGAUUGGAUUAAGAGGCUCAAAGAAGAUUGGGGAAUAAAAUCCGGCUAG